AUGGCAGGAAAAGGAGGGAAAGGACUUGUUGCGGCGAAAACUACCGCCGCUAACAAGGAUAAAGACAAGAAGAAACCUACUUCCCGCUCAUCUCGUGCCGGAAUCCAGUUUCCUGUGGGUAGGAUCCACAGACAGCUGAAACAACGAGUCCAAGCCAAUGGACGUGUUGGAGCAACAGCGGCUGUUUACUUAGCAUCCAUUCUGGAGUAUUUGACAGCAGAAGUUCUUGAACUUGCUGGAAAUGCAAGCAAAGAUCUGAAAGUGAAGAGGAUAACACCGCGACAUUUGCAGCUUGCAAUCAGGGGAGAUGAGGAACUUGAUACCCUUAUUAAAGGGACAAUUGCUGGUGGUGGUGUCAUUCCUCACAUUCACAAGUCAUUGAUCAACAAAACUGCCAAGGAAUGA